UUUUUCGCUCUGUUUUCCUUUCAGCCGGUGUUGGAAUUUCCGUCUGGGGAUCGUUCCUAUUUCGGUCGCUCCAAAAACUUCUCGUCGUCUUCUUCUUCGGAUUUAGUGCUUAGUUCUGAAAUAGGUAUUAAUUUUUCUAGGGAUUCUUGGGGGAUACGAGAAAAGUUAUGUCGGAGGAGGCUCAGAAGGUCAUGCUAAAUGUUUACGACUUAAGCCAAGGCCUUGCUCGCCAGGUUUCUGCCUCUUUUCUCGGCAAAACUAUUGAAGCAAUAUGGCACACUGGUAUAGUUGUUUAUGGGAACGAGUACUACUAUGGAGCAGCAGGCAUUCAGCACGAUCCUGUUGGUAGGACUCCAUAUGGAGUUCCCCUCCGGUCGGUUGAGCUAGGGCUUACCCAUGUACCCAAGGAGAUUUUUGAUGAUUAUUUGCUGGAAAUAAGUUCACGUUAUACUCCCGAGACCUAUAGGCUCCUCACCCACAACUGCAAUAACUUGAGCAAUGAGAUAGCACAGUUCUUAGUUGGGACUCCCAUUCCCGAUUACAUCCUCCAACUUCCAAACGAAAUCAUGAACAGCCCAAUGGGAUCACUUAUCUUGCCCAUGAUCCAGCAACUAGAAACUACGAUGAGAUCUGGUGCAAUUCCUCAGCCUCAACAGUUUCUUCCGCCUACACAGAAGGCACGGCAGUCGGCUGUGCCAAGGGCUGUUGCAACAAACACAAGCAAACCCGUAGCUGCUUCAACUCCAAAUCCAGAAACAAGCCCAGACCAAAGCAACGCUGUAGCCAAAGCUGAAGUGAAAACGUCUACGGAUAAUGAGAAGAAACCUACAGCUGCAGACCCGCUCGGUGAAGCCAGGAGCAGGGUUCAAGAAGAAAUCACACGAGAGUUUGCUGCCAUCAUGUCCACCGGUACCAUACGUGCUAGUGAGGCUGCAGCUCUUGCCACUAGAAGGGUGAUGGAGAGGCAUGCGCAGAUAAAUACCCCAAUGCAACAGAGCUAAAAGUUGCUAAUUUGUUUUUUUUUAAUUAACCAGAGGAAGAUUCGUGCAUCAUUCU